AUGAAGUUCUCAGCAGUGUUGGCUUGCCUUGUGGCUGUUGCUGCAGCCAGUCCGUCUCUUCGGCUCGACUGGACUAAAUUCAAGGCUGAGCAUGGGCGCCACUACGCCAGCGUGCAGGAGGAGCGCUACCGCCAGUCGGUGUUCGAGCAGAACCAGCAGUUCAUCGACGACCACAACGCCAAUUUCGAGAACGGCGAGGUCACGUUCACGCUCCAGAUGAACCAGUUCGGCGACAUGACAACAGAGGAGAUCGUGGCCGCCAUGAACGGCUUCAUGUCAACUCCCAGCCGCCGACCCGUAGCCGUCGUGAGGGCUGACGAGGAGACGCUCCCGAAGGAGGUGGACUGGCGCAGCAAGGGCGCAGUGACCCCCGUCAAGGACCAGAAGCAGUGCGGCUCCUGCUGGGCCUUCUCUACGACCGGCUCCUUGGAGGGCCAGCACUUCCUGAAGGAGGGCAAGCUUGUGAGCCUCUCCGAGCAGAACCUCGUCGACUGCUCCGGCUCCUUCGGUAACCUCGGCUGCUUCGGUGGCCUCAUGGACAACGCCUUCAGGUACAUCAAGGCCAACAAGGGCAUCGACACCGAGGACUCUUACCCUUACGAGGCCGAGAACGGCCACUGCCGCUUCAACGCCUCCAACAUCGGCGCCACCGACACCGGCUUCGUGGACGUCGAGCACGGCAGCGAGAGCGCCCUCAAGAAGGCCGUGGCCACCAUCGGCCCCAUCUCCGUGGCCAUCGACGCCUCGAGGCCCACCUUCCACUUCUACCACGACGGCGUGUACUCCGACGAGUCCUGCUCCUCGGUGCACCUCGACCACGGCGUGCUGGCGGUGGGCUACGGGGCGGAGGACAACGGCGGCGACUUCUGGCUCGUCAAGAACUCCUGGAACACCUCCUGGGGCAACAAGGGCUACAUCAAGAUGUCCCGAAAUAACGAGAACAACUGCGGCAUCGCUACCCAGGCUUCGUACCCACUUGUCUAGAAGGGAUUAUGUGUGAUGUUCAGAUUUUGUUUUCUUCUCAGUAAUGACUUUUUAUUUUUUCUCUCUCUUUUCUCUUCUAUAAGCAAAACGAAAAUUCUGUUCUAAUGUUUUAUCUGAUAUGAAGAUUUUUUUAUUUUAUUUUAUGUAUAAAUAGAUGAAUUAUUUUAGAGAAACUUAUCAUUAGUUGUGACCAAAACUAAGUGCAUUAAUAAACGCAAAACUUGUU